GGUCUAGUCGGACAGGGUUGUGGAAAAAAAAAAGUAGUUGUCAUGAUAUUUACCUAGCCAAUCUACAAAUGACAGACACAUAUCAAAUUAUACAGAGUACAUUACCCAUGUCAGGGCUCAAGAAGAAUUUUCGAGGCUGUUGAGUGACCUGAUCAGGUGGUGUUGGCACCUUUGUGCCAUCUCAUUCCAAGUCCGAGGAACUUUAAUACAGGAGAAGAUGAACGGCCUAUCCAUUAGAGAGCUAUGCUGCCUGUUCUGCUGCCCUCCUUGCCCCAGCCGCAUCGCAGCCAAGCUGGCCUUCCUCCCUCCAGAGCCCACCUACUCAAUGCUGCCAGACCCAGAGGCUACAGCUGCGGCAGCAGCCGGGACCGCGCCUGGGGGUGCACCCCCCUCUCUGGGGGCUCCGGGCCUGCGCUCCCGACUGGGUGGCGUAGGGGGAGACAGAGGAGGAGGGGGAGGAGGAGGAGAGGGCAGGUGGAAGCUCCACCUGACAGAGAGGGCAGAGUUCCAGUACACUCAGAGAGAGCUGGACAUGACGGACGUGUUCCUGACAAGGUCUAGCCGGGGAAACAGGGUGGGCUGCAUGUACAUCCGCUGUGCCCCCAAUGCCAGGUUCACAUUGCUAUUCUCCCAUGGUAAUGCAGUAGACUUGGGUCAGAUGAGUAGCUUCUACAUUGGCCUGGGAACGCGUAUCAACUGUAACAUCUUCUCCUACGACUACUCUGGCUAUGGUGUCAGCACCGGCAAACCCUCAGAGAAGAACCUCUACGCUGACAUAGACGCUGCCUGGCACGCCCUGCGCUCCCGGUAUGGCAUCAGCCCAGAGAACAUCAUCCUGUAUGGGCAAAGUAUUGGCACGGUACCCACGGUGGACCUGGCGUCCAGGUUUGAGUGUGCUGCUGUGGUGCUCCACUCCCCUCUCACCUCUGGCAUGAGGGUGGCCUUCCCCGACACCAAGAAGACCUACUGCUUUGAUGCCUUCCCCAACAUAGAGAAGGUGUCUAAGAUCCCAUCCCCGGUGCUGAUCAUCCACGGGACGGAGGACGAGGUGAUCGACUUCUCCCACGGCCUGGCUCUGUUUGAGCGCUGUCCCAAGGCCGUGGAGCCACUCUGGGUGGAGGGGGCGGGACACAACGACAUAGAGCUCUACAGCCAAUACCUGGAGAGACUACGGCGCUUCAUCAACCACGACCUGGCUGCAGCACACGCCUGAGAGAGGAGGAGAGGGUGUGUGUGUGUCUGUGUGUGUUUUAGCUCUGUGUGUGCGUGUGUCUGUAAGGAGCUGUACAAAGUCAUCAACCUACAGUAACCGAAGAGGAGCAUCCAGUAUGCUGUAAAUCUGUGAGUGCGUUGAGGGUAUGUGUGUUGACUCAUGGAAAUGAAUGACCUCUUGAUAUGGACACGACUGUCCGACUUUGGAUACGUGUUCCUUGAGACUUCCUGAGGCUGAAUAUGUGUGCGCACCUACAAACUGUCUUCUCUGUGUACAUACAGGUAACUGACGAAAUAAAGGAAACACCAACAGUGUCUUAGUAGGGCGUUGGGCCACCACGAGCCGCCAGAACAGCUUCAAUGCGCCUUGGCAAAGAUUCUACAAGUGUCUGGAACAC